AUGCAAUCAGGGCUGAUUGAGACUCCAAACCACGAAUCCCAGACCAGCAACACCUCCUUUUCCCAGCCAACCAUCGCUCAACAUGGCCCCUCUCACUCUCGGACAGCCCCGUCAAACGCUCGCUCCCCGGUGCGUGCCCGAAGCACGUCUCCGGAUGAGCAGCGCUCUCCCGGCCAGCUUGACGUCGACGAGCUCGACCAGCAGCUUGGUCGGCUGAGUCAGAAUGUCGUCGAGGCCAAGCGUGCUGCGAGCAGCCGACUCAUUGCCGCCGGUCAGCGCAUCUCAGAAUACGAGAAUGCGGCCAUUUACUCGUCGCCCCGCCAGAAUUCGCGCCCUGUUUUGGGCUUCAAGGUCACCAAUGGCUCGCACUCUGGCGGGGUCCAAUUGACCGACUUCCCGAACGAGAUUCUGACGCAAAUCCUGUCCCACCUGCACCCGGAUUCCCACGGUGCUGUGGCAUUGGUCUCGAAGCGCUUCUACGCCCUCGUCACGACGCCGUAUGCGUGGCGGGCCGCUUUCCUGCGUUACUUUGCGGGGCAGGACGCUUUGGCCGCCUUGAAGAAGGCAAAUCAGCAAGGCACUGACACCGAGAAUGCGGAUGUCAUACGGUCCGAGGUCCGUUACUUCACGCGGCUGACGGCUCUGGCGUCCUGGCGCAGCGAAUAUCUUCUUCGGACCCGUUUGCUGCGCAGUGUGGCGCGCGGAAAGCCGGGUAGCAUUGGCUCGUCCGCACGGUCCAGCCAAUCCGGCAAAAAAGCCAGCGCUGUUCUGACCUAUAACUCGAAGCUUCCAUGGAUGAUCAGCAACUUACAUGCGGAUUUCACUGGUGGCAAGAAGGGCCCGAGGGUCAUCCACGGCACUGCCGACCUCGGCGUGGGGACUGUUAGUGACCCUACUACUGGGAAAAUCGAGAAGUGGGGUUUGGACGACCCUUUCUCCCUUCAGCAGCUCGACGAGGUGUUCCCGAACCUUGAAUUCUGGGGUCUCGGCGAUGGCCCGGCAGCCGUUCCCAAUGUCAUGGACGUGAGCCAGCCGUAUGGUUUGGCUAGCGGCGAAGGUUUCCCCGGCGGCCGUGUGUAUUUCAAGGCGACUGGACAACUGCGCGGGCGUUACCUCGGCCACGACGCUGCCUUUGUUGACACGACAUCGGAGAUACCCAAGAUCCCCGAGUUGUCGGACGCCAUCAGCUCCAUAUGGAUUGCCAAGUCGUCCAACGUGACGAAUGCCACCAAUUCCAUGGUUGGGAUUAUGGCCGGGUCGACGUUGGGCGUCGUAACGAGCUACGCACUAGGCCAUGAAUCCACUGGUCCUCGAUAUGCCGACGGGGACAUGACUGCUCGUUGGGUCCUCAGCCCUGGCGUGCCAAUCAUCGACAUCAAGGUGGAUGACCAGUAUUGCCAGCGACGAAGGACGCUAGGACGAGUCUGGGCCGUCGCAUUGAACGCCUUGGGCGAGGUCUAUUACCUGACCGAGGUCCCGUCUCCCCCCUCUGUGAAAGGCAAGGCGGAGAACGCGGUCAAGGAUGCAUGGCUUGCCGGCCGAACCGCAUACUGGGAAUUGAUCGAAUCGACACGGCGCACGGCUCAGCCUGACGAGUUUGACAAGAAUGCGGUCCGCGGGGCGUAUUCUCCCAGGUCUCCCGCGAAUUCCAUGAACCUGAGCAGGGAGCAGAUCGUUGCCGAGGCCAGGGAGAUUGAGAAAUUCUUUCGUUACACACCUGCUCACUUCCGAAAGGCGUGCCAAGGCUGGGACAUGCUUCGCAAACUUGAGGUUGACUUUGCAGCCGGUGACGAGAAUGGCACUGGGGAGGCCGUUUUCGUCAUCACUUGCGGGCAUGCGGACGGUGACCCGGCUGCUGUCCACAGAUUCGUCAAAGGGGGCAUUGUAACCAGCACGUCAGGGGCUUUAACUCCGGUGGCCCAGCCCACGGUCAGUGGCAGAUCAAUCUUUGGAGGAACGGUAGAGGCGGAUGCACCCGAAGCGACCGCCCAAGCCGGGCUUAAUGCACUGGGUUCCACAUCGCCAUUCUCCGGACUGAGCACUCCCCGACCCGGAUCCAUGUCAAUGAGCGCGGAUACGGAAGAAUGGCGGUGCAGCGAGUACGUGUUCAAGCACAACGGCAACACUGAAAUUACCGCAAGUGCCGUGGAUAUGUCGAAUUUUGCGGUGAUGGCAGCCUUCGAGGAUCCUCUGCACUCCGGAUCGCAGGUAAAAUCGGCCAACCCGCCUAGCACUCCUACAUCCCAAAACGCCACAGGCGAAAUUCCUGGUCGCCGCGCGAAAUUCCUGGCCAUUGGCACCAACACAGGCUCGAUCGUGGUGUGGAACAUGCGUGACACAGCAUCGCCUGCGGUGAACCCCCUGAGGAUCAUCCAGACCGAGUCACCGGAGAUCACCAGUCUGGCGGUGUCCGCGCUCUAUCUUGUCCACGGUGGCAGCGACAGUCUUGUUCAAGCUUGGGAUCCUCUAGCAUCAUCUUUAGAGCCCAUCCGGACCCUCAACGCCAAAUCUUCAGGUCGGAUCCCGCGGCACAUCCUGAACACCAAUCCGGCCCUGCAACAUGCAAACUACUUUGCCGUUCGGGCUAUCUCUUUGGACCCUGACCCGGCAACUCUCCGCGGUAUUCUCGCCUUCGGCACGUUCAUCCGUUUCUGGUCGUACAGUUCAACAAACCAGGCCCCGGGCCGCAAGCGUCGCCUCCGUCAUUCGGACAUCCACGGCCGCCUGGCCAGCCGGAGGCACGGCGGCACCGUGUCGAGCUACAUCGCCGCCGAAGAAGCCGAGCUCCGCCAUGAGCAGGAUCGCCGCUCCCGCGAGCUGGAUCGGCUGCGCAAGCGAUUUGGCGUUGGGCUAGGGGAGCUUACCGAGGAGGAAGCGAUUCAGUAUGCGCAGAUGAUAUCCGAAGAGUCUUUUCUCCUGGACGAACAGCGCCGUCUGAGCGCUAGCGACACCACGUCGACCGCUGACGCCACGUCAUCGACGGGCAGCGUCGACACUAUCACCCCCGAGCCCAGCGUCUCGGGCAGUAGCGCCCCGGGUCCGAGCACAUCGGCGCUUCUUCCGCCUCUUGCCGAGGAGGAGGCGGAUGAUGAUUAUGAGGCCCAGAUCCAGCGGGCUAUUCGCCUGUCGCUGAUGGAGGGUGUCAAUGACGCCGGAGAAUUGCCGAGAGGCAAUAAUAGCUCGGGUGAAUACAAGUUCCAGAUCAGGACCAGGAACAAGGAGGCGAAGAAGAAGAAAGGGAAGAGAAGACCUGAGUCUGUGUCGCCCACUUUGGCUAGUGGCACGCCAGUUCAUCCUGUGUCUGGCGGCUUCUGGGGAGAUUUUGCUGGGACUCCUGAUCUUGGAGUGGACGCUGACGAUGAUCUGGCGCUUGCGUUGCGGCUGAGCCUGGAAGAGGAGGAGGGUAGACGCAGGGCCACGUCGCGGCAGGGAUCGACUGCUGCGGCGGGUUCUUGGGAUGUGAAUGGGGAUGAAUAUCCGCCGUUGGAGGGGAAGGGGAAGGGGAAGGGGAAGGGGAAGGGAAAGGAAGUAUAG